AAAAAAAAAAAAAUUGUUUACAUUCAAGGCAAAUAUUUUUUGUCUAAAAAAACACAUUAAAUUAUAUUAAUAUACUUAUUAUUUCUUCUUGAUAUUAAUUUUUUUGUAAUUUAUUUAAAUAAACACAAUGGCACGUUAUUCUUCGGAUUCGGAUUCUGAUCGAAGUAGUAGACAUCGUCGAAAAAAUCAUCGAAGAUCAAGAUCGAGUAGUUCGGAUUCAAGUGAUAGUUCUUCAUAUAAAAGAAAAUCGUCGAAACAUUCUAAAACAAAACGAAGACAUCGUUCACGAACAAGAAGUAGAGAUCGCGAUAGAUCAUCAAAAAGUUAUAAAUAUUCACGUGACAAUUCUAGAGAUCGUGAAAGACGUAGACAAAAAUCACGUAGAUCAAAAUCACCAUCUUCGAGUCAAAAAAAACAGAGAAGAUCUGUUUCAAGAGAAAAAUCGACUAGUAGAUCAAGUAGUUCACAAUCAAUUGUGAAGCCUUUAGCUACUGAAAAAAUUCAAAAUACAAUAAAAGAUGAUUUUUCUAUUGCACCAAUUAUUAAGGAAUCAAUUUUAGAAGAAAUUAAUAGCGAAGGUUUUGCUCCCAAACAAUUUUCAUCGUCUGCACAAAAUAAAGAAAUAAAAUCAAAAAAUAUUGUUAUUGAUAUUACAUCAGAUACAAUUGUUAUACCGCCAGUACAACCAAUUAUUCAAUCUGAUAGUAUUUUUCAUCAAUCGAUUAUUGGAGAUCAAGAAGCAAAAUUCGACAAAUGGGUUAAAAAAUUGUAUUUAAUAAGGCAAAAGGCUCAAUAUGAGAAUAUUCAAUAAAAUUUAUUUAAAAGCAAAA